AUGUCAACCUCCGCUUGCCACUUCUACGACUUCUCAUAUGAGUUGUUCCAGCGGCUCGACGAGGUAUCCCGGCUCCAAGCUGCGUAUGACGCCGACGAUGAAUCCUCAGUCGGACACUCAAAGCCAGAGCUAAAGAGGCGGGUAACCCUCCAGAUCCCGGCUGGCCACGGCCCGUCCAAAGCAUACCCGAAAUCCCCGCGCCCGGCGAUGGGAGGCGACGAUGAGUGCAGCAGUAACAACAGCAUCUACGACAACAUGCCACCGCUGGAUCGGGAGAUCAUCGAGGAGCUGGCGGCGCUGGACGACGAGGUAUCACACCUCCAAGCCGCGCAGGACCUCGCCGAGGCCGGCGGCGAACCCCCGAAGCUCAACAGGAGGGUGACCGUGCAGAUCCCCGCCGGCCACUGCGCGUCAAAGGCAUAUCCCAAAUCCCCAUUCCUGAGGCCGCAGGACACCCUGCCGCGUCUCGAGAUUCCAGACCCGGCUCUGUUCGUCAGCAGCCAGUUGCAGGACGACGAUAUCCGCAGCAGCAUCAGCUGCAGCAGCGCUAGCAGCAGCAGCAGUAUCUGGAGCAGCAGCAGCAGCAGUAUCUGGAGCAGCAGCAGCAGCAGCGGCCUUAGUCACAGGCCACUCCUCGAUGCUCGCAGCCCGUCCCUCAGCCGGCAGGUUCUGGAGGAGCUGGCAAUGCGAGACGGGGACGAGAGUCGCCGCCGGGCCCGCGCCGCGUUUGCGCGCAGCCUGGGGGCGACUGGGGCGCUGUCGCUCACCACCGUUGGGCUGGUCUGCUGGCCGUUCGUGGCGUCAAAGGCAGGUGGCGUUUGA